AUGGGGUUAAUGACUCAGAAAACAUUUGCCUACUUCGACACCAAAGGCCGGCUAGUGAAGCUGCGUCUGGAGGAUCUUCCAGAAGCGAAUCGCACCGCCCUAACGCUCCCAGAUGCACCCCUUGAACAGGACUCACCAGACCGCCAGCAAAAUGUCGAUGGGGGUCUCUCUAGGUGCGGCGGCGAGAGCAGCACAGACACAAGCACAGCUGCGUGCGAUGUCCCUGAGGAGUUUGCGCCUGGCUGUGUAGUGGAACCCACCAAGCCCAUCCUGCCCAGGGACCCCACUGAAGGGGAGUCGCAGAAGCCAGACAACAAGGUUGCUGAUGGAGCGCAAACUCUGGUUUCAGCUGGGCCAUUUGCCGGGCCACAGGCCCCUUCAGUGUUUUCUGCUGAUGUACCACUCCCACGACUUCAUGGAAUGAUUUGCAUGCGAGGUUCCACUCUGAUUCUAAUGGGGGGCCUAAUGGAGCUGGGGAGUAAGGAAAUUACUUUGGAUGACUGCUGGAGCCUUAACCUGAAUAAGAGAGACCGGUGGGUACGUGUCCUGGAGGGCACUAUGCAUGAACAAGAAUGGCAAGGAGCAGAGAGCGAAGCUGAAGGCAGCGACGAAAGCGACAGUGAGGAUGACAGCGAAUCCAGUGAAUCGGGAAGCUCUGAAAGUGGUGGGCUCGACGAAGAAAUAUCAAGUUCGGAUGAAGGAUCGAAACGAAUAACCAACAAAGAACGGAAACGGUGUCGUGUUAGGGAGGAAAUGCAGCAACUGCGGGAACGAUUCGGCCUUGACAACCCCAUGGAGACCCCUGCAGAGGGCGAGUCCCUGCGUGACUUUUUCGAGAGGACAAGAGAAUAUUGGGUUGGAAAAGCAUGUGCUGCAGGAUGCUGCGCGAAGACCAAUAAGGAAAUGACGCGAGAAGCAUUUGAGGCAGCUUCCGCUCGCGUAUCCGCCAUCCGAGAUGCACUGCGCCGAAUUGAUGAAUUACAGCGUUUAGAUGGCCGUCAGUCGGAGGAGGACGACUCCCGUUUAAAUGGCAACAGAACGGAACCCUCAUCUAGGCAUCGUUAG